AUGGUUACAUUAUGUGACAUUGAGACGUCUAAAAACACAGCCAUCUCAUCUUUAGAGCUGAUGGAGACUGAUUAUUAUCCUGGAGGUAAGGAGGAAGAACUAAAUAAAUUGUUAGAUGAUCAAAUAUCCGAUAACAGCGAUGAAAUAAACGAUGGUAAUAUUAGUACUAAGAACCAUAGAAAAGUUCGAAAUGUAUGUUUCAACGAAGCGCUGUGUUUGAACGGAAAUAGUGAAAAGCACAAAGGAAUUUUUAA